AUGGAGUCGCGAGUUUCAGACAACACAACUUGGUGGUUCAUCAACAGUGGGAUACAGGCAAACGUAUUGCUCUUCCCCGGUACCCAGCUGCCCGAAACUUUGAUUCUUCUGUACGAAACUCUGAAUCCCAACGGCGAGGAUGCAACCCAACGUCACUUUGUUGAAGAAAGUUUAGAGAAGACCCGGGAGCGAUACUUCCUGCCAGACUCAGCUCAAAACUUCAUCUCAAGAAUGUGCGGGCUAACAGCCAUCAUCCAAUCCGGCAGUCCACAAAACGAAUCAUCGGAACGAGGCGCCGAUGUGCAAAGUAAACUAACACGAAGCCUAUCUCUCCUUCAGCAUCGAGGGCCAGACGCAGAAGGGACAUGGAUAAACAGCGACGCUACCGUCGGCAUGCUUCAUCUCAGCUCUAUUGACUCAGAUAUUUCGCCAACGGGCCUUCAACCCUUACACAGUGAGGAUGAGAAAAUCCACGUCGUCGUGAACGGCGAGAUUUACGACCACUUCGCUAUCCGCGGCCGCUGUACCACCGAGUUCGAUUACAACUUCUCCGGGAGGAGCGACAGUGAAGUCAUCCUGGCUCUGUACCAACACCACGGAUUUCGCGGGCUCUUUAAGCACCUGCGUGGCGAAUUCGCCUUCGUCUUAUACGGUGAGCGAUCCGGUGAUGUUAUCGCCGCGAGGGACCGUUUCGGCAUCAAGCCUCUUUUCUGGACAUACAGUAGCGAGACGCCGGCCAAACUCUUGAUCGCCUCGGAGAUCAAGGGGUUUCUGCCCAUGGGGUGGGGGCCCGAGUGGGACGUCGAUGCCAUCUGCAGCGGUGCGGCGGUUCUAGGCGAAGGUACGCUGUUCAAGGGAGUGAAGGAGGUGUUGCCGGGGCAUUGGGUGCAGUUCGGUCGAGAUGGGAGCGUGACGCAGCAUCGGUAUUGGGAUGCCGAGUAUGCGGAUAAGACCGUCAAAGAGACACGCAGUAUGGAUGAGAUGGUCGACGGAGUUCGCGAGCGCUUAGUAGAUGCCGUACGCCUCCGCCUCCAAGCCGAUGUCCCCGUCGGCAUCUAUCUUUCAGGUGGUCUCGACUCGUCCAUUGUGGCGGACAUUGCAGAACGCACCGCAGAAUGGCUAGACUUGAAUAUAGUAAAAAAGGUCAUGGACGAGGAAGAACUAGCAAAGCACUUCGCUGACUCCGUCUACCAUACCGAGCACCACCACUUCGACAUGAACAGCGUCGGGAAGUACGCCCUCUCAGAGCUACCUCGCCAGCAAGGGAUCCCCAUCGUGCUGACGGGUGAGGGGGCAGACGAGCACUUUGCAGGGUACCCAUUCCUAGUCUCCGACUUCCUACGUGAGCCCGACGAUGCCUUGCCAUUGACGGAGCUAACGAAGGAUACCGAGCUUCGGGAAGCGCUAAACGAGUCCGCCGCAGCGCAGUUGCGAAGCAUGUACAAAGGGAUGGGCAUGUUUGAUCACUCCCGAACGGAAGAAAGCACCGGCUUCGACUCUCUCGCAGGCUUGGACGUCUUCAUGGUCCAAUGGCGAGGCUUUCCCUCAUCGGACGUGUUUGCCCCCUGGGUGAGAGAAAAACAGAACACACUCAGCGUCUACGAAGCGAUCCUCAACUCCAUUCCCCCAGACGCCCAGGAGAAGGUUCGAACGCGCUGGCACAGCCUCCACUCGGCGCUGGUAGUCUUCCUAAAGACCUCCAUGGCGAACAUGGUCUUGACCUGUCUGGGCGACAGGUCGGAGAUGGCGUAUAGUAUCGAGGCGCGUCUCCCAUUCCUGGACCACGAGUUGGCGGAGUACGUCAAUGGGCUUCCGCCGAGCGUCAAGAUGAGCUAUAGUAAGCCCGAGGAUUCCAUAGGAACCAACAACGACGAGAAAGAGAAGAGAAAGAAAGUAGCGCCUCGGAGCUUCUUCUGGGAGAACAUGGCCGCUGUCCGAUGA